AGGUCGUGGUAACAUGCUUUCAAGUAUUUUUGUUUGCUUGGCACUACAGACAGCUUGUUUUGUUAGCGCUAAUGACAAUUAUCAGGAAGUGCUACAAAGACUCUCAAAUUUAGAAAAAGAAGUCUCUUUUCUGAGAGAAAAAUUAAAAUCCUGUCAAGGAGGAAGCCAAAUCUCCGAUGUCAUUGACCAAAGCAGAAAAAAACGCAUUGUACCUCAAGGACAACAGUCACAAGUCGCCUUCCAUGCUCAUCUUUCACAGAAUCAAAUCAAUCUUGGAGUGCAUCAAGCCAUCCACUUCGACAAAGUUCUUCUGAACGAGGGCAAUGGCUAUUCUGUGCAUGCUGGGGAGUUUGUGGCACCAAUUUCUGGUCUGUAUGUCUUCGCAUGGUCUAUUGCAAGCGGAGACAGAAGUUGCAUGAAAUAUGAAUUUGUUCACAACAGCGCCGUUUUAACAUAUUCUAUAAGUGAUGCACAUGAUCACGACGAUUGGGCAGUGUCUUCAGGAACUGCUGUCACACGUAUGAAUUCUGGAGACCGUGUGUGGAUCAGAGUUUCUGAUAUGCUUCCAUGUUCUCACACCAUUUUUGGAGUUGGUCUCGGUACUUCGUCUUUUUCCGGUUUCUUGUUACAUUAA